AUGAGGCUGCCACCGAAUUGGGAGUUGCUGCACACCAGCAGUGGCAGAAGCUACCUCUGGAAUCGGAGUACCAACCAAACCACCUGGCAAUUUCCUCAGGAAAGUGAUGUUGCGCCAGAGACGGACCCUCCAGGCCGUGCGCCCGCGCAGGGGUAUUUGGCGAAGCCAAGCAGCAGAAAAGAGAGGAGGUUUUCAGUGGAUGGCCGUUGCUUCAUGGUGGAGCCUAUGCCUGCAGAUCACAGUUGUGGCUUUCAUGGUAUCGGAGUGGACCGCCGGACGGCAGCAGCACUGCUGCUUGCCAACCUCGAAGAUGUGGAGGUGCAGGAGUUCUUAGCGCGCGAUCUCUUGGCAGCGCUACAGACCAGUAGUCGAAGCGCUUUCCCGCCGAAGCUACGUGAAUCUAAAGAACUCUGGGAGAUGUUGAAAAAGUUCUACCAAGAACAGGAGGCUCUGGAUCAUCAAAGACGCGAGGCUCGGGAGUUCAUGUUGGAUGCUGGAGCCUCUUCUGCGGUGCAGGCCCCCCAUUUGGGCAACCAACAUUUCGCCACAGCUCGCUGUGUGGCAUCUGACAUGACGCCACGUGCCGGCCAUGGACAGCGAGAUUGCCAUUCGCGUGGCGGCAGAUAUUCUGGAGGACCGGUGGGUUCGGUUGGAGAUGAGGUGAUCGUGGAUCACUUUGGCCCUGUGGUAUCGAAGGUGGCACAUGUGCUGCUGCAGCGCGGUCCCCUUCGAGUCAACGAGAUCUUGGUCUUUUUGCAGGGAAGCCAGGGGAACCAGGGCCAAAGCCAGGGCGAGGAGUUUCCCCAGCUGCGCAAUGCCAUGCUGGUGAUGCUUCAGCAUCGCUUGCUACACUGCGAAGCGCCCGAUGAAAGCUACGCGCAGGUGUACCGCGUGGACAUGGAGGAAGUCUUGGCGCGGCUGCGCUUCCCUCAAUACCUGGAGCAUGUUUUGGCGGCCUAUGGGGAGAAGGCCUCGGAGCUGCUUCUGGUGACGCUGAAAUAUGGGCGCGUCAGCAAAGAGCAGCUCUUGAAGGAAGUGGCUGGAAAAGGACCCUUGCGCGACCUUGAGGAGCUUCUCGAGAAACUUGUGAAGGAGCGUAUCCUGCGGCCGGACCACGAUGCGAGGGCAGAAGAGGCCCGAAAGAAGCGACGCAUCUCAGAGGACUCCAAAGAGGAGACAGCUUCGGAGGUCUUGUACAGGUACGAUCGGGUGAAUCUGAAUCUUUGCGUCUACAAGAAUCUUCUUUGUCGAGUGGUGGAGGAACAGGUGGACGAGGCUGCCGCGCAAGUGAUGAUGGCCCUGUUGGGCUCCGUGACACCUGACAGUGGUGAUAGCAUCAUCGAAAGCCCCAUGUCCAUUGAUGCCAUUCUGCGGCGCUAUCAAGGCCUUUUCCCUCAGGGCGGCCGCGACCCCGCGAAGAUUCGCGAGCGGCUUCGGCACAGUCUGGAGGUCCUGGUGCACAAGGAGAAAUUCCUGCGGCAGAUCACCAAGGCCGAGGAUUACACGGAGUGGCUGGUGGACACCGCACGCUGCGCCCACGUCCUACGAUGCCUGGCCUUGUCCCAGCUGAUCCGCGAACGCUUCGGUGCUGUCGGGCUGCGAAUCUUCAAUCUGUUGCAAGAUGGCAAUCCACCGCAGAAACUUGAAGAGAACCACAUCUUCAACAUCUGCAUGAUCCCUCUGCAGGAAGGACGAGAAAUCCUGCAGGCCAUGGUCCGGCACUCAGUCUUGCAGUUGCAGCAAGUGGCCAAAAGCAGCGAUGGGGCGGUGGCCAACUCCGUGUGGUUGUACUACGUGGACCUGCGUCGGGUGCUGGCCAACACAGAGGACUUGGUGCUCAAUGCGAUCCUCAAUCUACGGAUCCGAUUUCGCUCAGAGAAUGCCCGCAUCAUGCCUUUGGAAAGCCGCUCCAACAGCCUCACUGCCAAAGAGCGCCAGUUGCUGCGCGACGGCCGACGCGGAGAGGACCUGCUGGAACGUGCCUUUCUGGUGUUGGAUGCGGUGCUGCUGGUGCCUUUGAUGCCUGAGUUGCUCGAGAGCACGGCGCAAAGUGCCGAAGAUGGCGUGGAAAUGGUGCGCGACCUGGCCAUCACAAGCUUUUACCAGGAGCUGAAAAUGAAGGUGAAGCAAACUUCCACUUCAAAGCUCUUCACUUUGCAGCUUCUGGCACAAUGUAAGGCACAAGAACGCGAGCUGCAAGUGGUGCAGCAGCGGAGCAUGGAGGCUGCGCAGAUGCUACGUGAGCUGUGUAAACAGCACGUGGCCCUGUGUCCCGAUGGAUUUUUCGGGAUGGCAUGGUCAACUUGGUAA